AGGCUCGAGCGCGCGCGCGCGGGCGGCCGCGCGGGCCGCGCGGCCGCGAGGGGGACGCCCGCCUGAAGGGGCGAUGCCGUACGAGCCGCCCACGGCCGCCGUGUUCGGGACGUCUCAGGUGGAGCUGCCGAGCGCGUCGGCGUCUGGCGGCUCCUCGAGCUUCGACCGGCCGAGGAACCGGCCGAAGCUGCAGGACGAGAUCGGCUGGCACAGUACGAGGACGACAACCCGCGGUUCCAGCAGUGCCUCUGCGUGGCCGGCAUCUUCCUGCCGCCGCCCAGGGCUCGGCGAUAUGCUAUUUCAUGACUCCGGCCAACAAGGUCUUGACCAGGGAGGUUGGCUUCAAGAACUUCGUAUUAUUCAUGCUGUUUGGAACGCUGGUAUCCCGACUCGUUAUUUGAGCCAGCCGCCUGCCGACAGUCUGGAGCGGGCCGCCGGGGAGGGCGCCAGCGGGGCGCCUCGCUGGGAGCCGCCCCGCCAGCUCGCCGCGGCACCCCCGCAGGCUGUGAGAGUAGUCGAGGCGUGAGGCGGCGAGCUGAGCGGCUCGCGCUCCGCCAGUGGCUUCUUGUGUUGAUCGCAUUCGCACCAUGUCCGUCCACGAAGCAGGGGCUCGUCGGUCGAGUUGGGGAGCCCUCUGCUAUGCGACCUGCGCUUGUCCUCAGCGCUUGCUGCAUUGGCAGCUGAGGCAGCCUCACUUUCUUCCUUGUGCCCCUCAUCCCCUCAUCUAGAUUCUGGUAUUGGGGUGCAGCGUCAAUUCGUCGCUGUACCUUGUACCAGCAGCCCUUUAGAAUGCAGUGCCCGGCGUUCGAUAUUUCAGCAGCAAUCGAACACGUCCCCGAAUUUGUUGGUUGGAGUUCGGCGUGCCCCCGGGUACGUGGCUCUUCCGCGCUCGCUGCAGGCAGGCUUUAUCUGCUCUCGGCGGUGGAGACCCGACAGCCGAAGGUCUUGGAGGGGCGUGCGCCUGUGGACCCCCCCCUGGCGGGGGCUGCCUUCACAAAGGUAUCCCAAAGCCUGAAUGCUGAGCGCUGCCGCGUCUUACCUCUGUGUAGCAAGGACCAUGGAUCGCUUGUGUCUCACGCUCUGAGAAGUUCCUACAGGGGACACCGCCGCGCCACUGUUCUCUCAUAUAGCUGUACUGCCUUGGCAUCGUGGCGAUGCUUAGUAGGCUUGUGCAUGGACAGCUCAAUUGUGUUCGGAAGCAUCUCUUGCUGGACAUCCCACUGCGUCUUGCAUCCGCCUCGCCGACACCAUAUGCUGAUGCGUAUCAGUUUGAUCGUGAGGCGUUUCUGUGCACAGGACGCGUCCUCGGCCGGCCGCACGGCUCGUCCUCGCGCGCCGC